AUGUCUUUCGGUCGUCCUGGAAAUUUAAAAGACUCGUUCACAGCCACACCUCCCGAUCGAGGCUCUUUUCCACUCGAUCACUUUCAUGAUUGUUCUUCUUUCAUGAAAACCUACCUCGACUGCCUCAAAACUUACCAACAAAACCAAGCUAAAUGUCGACUAGAAAGUAAAAACUACUUAGGAUGUCGGAUGGAGAAGGGAUUGAUGGCACGCGUGAAUUGGGAAGAUUUAGGUCUGGCAGACGUU